AUAACGCAAGGCAUUUGCAAAUAGAGAAAAAAUUUACUCCGCAUUCAGAGCUUGGGAUUAGUUCCUGGCCAGAUCUUAUAAGUGUUGUUUGUGAUUUCGUUAGACAAGUAUUUUUCAUCAUUUUAAACGCUAUUCUACUGAUUGAGACAUUUUAAAAAGUAAGUUGUGGCCUAACGCUCCCUCGAAAAUCAAGAUGACCUCAUCAUUACAGUAACGUUCAAUUUUUCAAGAUGUCACUCAAGUCAGAUUUGAUAUGGGACAAAUUGAACUCUAGACUAGCACAAGUCGAUCGCAGCAAAAGGUCCUUUAAAGCAAUCUUGUUCAUUCAUCUUCAACAGAGUGGAAAAACUGUUCGCAGUGUAGUUUUAGACUGCAACGAGCUAAAAAUAGUCGACAUUGACAUCGACGCGUCGUAUACUAACGAGUACCCGAGUGAUCGGAUAGAUGCUUCCAUAACGAUUGAUGACAACGAUUUCUAUUUAGUGACCAUGAAAGAAACCACAUUUGCUGAUCUUAUUGAAAAGCAUUACAGUAACGUUCAAUUUUUCAAGAUGUCACUCAAGUCAGAUUUGAUAUGGGACAAAUUGAACUCUAGACUAGCACAAGUCGAUCGCAGCAAAAGGUCCUUUAAAGCAAUCUUGUUCAUUCAUCUUCAACAGAGUGGAAAAACUGUUCGCAGUGUAGUUUUAGACUGCAACGAGCUAAAAAUAGUCGACAUUGACAUCGACGCGUCGUAUACUAACGAGUACCCGAGUGAUCGGAUAGAUGCUUCCAUAACGAUUGAUGACAACGAUUUCUAUUUAGUGACCAUGAAAGAAACCACAUUUGCUGCUCUUAUUGAAAAGAAUAAUGUAACCGUCGUUGGAAACAAGGAUUGUUUUCUGAAACUAGACGAAAAAUUCAUGACGAAAUGAAAGAGAAUUAUUUACAGCUUAUGGCGAUCAACAAUGGUCGAACUCAUUUUUGGAAUACAAAAAAUCAUUCUUCAUGAAUCGAUAUACUUUUUCUUUGCUUGAUUUACAGUAUUUACAAUAAAUAGAUAAUCAUAUUCUCAAUUUCA